AUGGGCUCUCCAUGCCCAGACAGCGACAAGCAGCCUCUGGGGGGGUCGGGCUGCUGUAAUGCAGAGCUGGGGCACACGAACCCCCCCAGCCCCGGCCCCAGCCCCAGCACCAGCACCAGCACCAGUCCGGGUGACCCCUCCUCUCCCUGUCUGCUGGAGCGGUCUCUGCUGCUGGAGGAGGAGGAGGAGGUGGUGGUGGAGGCUGAGGUGGGCUCGGGGCGCAGGAGGAGAAGGGAGUUCACCCCCGAGGAGGAGAAGGACGCCGGCUACUGGGACAAGAGGAGGAAGAACAACGAGGCGGCCAAGAGGUCGCGGCAGAAGCGGCGGCUGAACGACCUGCUGCUGGAGAGCCGGCUGCUGGGGCUGCUGGAGGAGAACGCCAGGCUCAAAGCCACGCUGCUGGCGCUCAGGUUCCGCUUCGGGCUGGUCAGCGACCCCGACCCCGCGGCUCAGGGCACCCGCUUCCACCAGCCCCGACCCCGGCUCCAGCAGCAGCUCCAGCAGCAGCUCCAGCACAGGGCGCGGGGCGACGGGGGCUCGCUGCUGGCUGCAGACCUGCAGCACCAGCAGCAGCACCAGCGGCUGCAGCAGCAACUGCAAACGUGCCGGCAGCCACCCCAACACCAGCAGCCACCCCAACACCAGCAGCCACCCCAACACCAGCAGCCACCCCAACACCAGCAGCCACCCCAACACCAGCAGCCACCCCACACCAGCCACCCCACACCAACAGCCACCCAACACCAGCAGCCACCCCAACACCAGCAGCCACCCCAACACCAGCAGCCACCCCAACACCAGCAGCCAACACCAGCAGCCAACACCAGCAGCCACCCCAACACCAGCAGCCACCACACCAGCAGCCACCCAACACCAGCAGCCACCCCAACACCAGCAGCCACCCAACACCAGCAGCCACCCAACCACAGCACCCACCCAGCAGCCCAACACCAGCAGCCACCCAACACCAGCAGCAACACCAGCAGCAACACCAGCAGCAACACCAGCAGCCAACACCAGCAGCCAACACCAACAGCAACACCAGCAGCAACACCAGCAGCAACACCAGCAGCCACAUCACCAGCAGCCACACCAACACCAGCAGCACGGGGACAAGCCGCAGCCUCCAGCCCCCACCACCAGCAGCAGCAGCACAACCAGCAGCAGGAGGAGCGGGAGCAGCAGUUACAACAACAGAAACUACAGCAUUUGCAACAGCUGCAGGAGAUGAAGGAGUUGGGGAGGGAGAAGGAGGAGGUGGUGGUGGUGGACGCCGCAGCUGACGGGCGCUGCUCCUGCAGAGCCUGUGCCGACAGGGAGGAGAACCAGAGCCAGAAGCAACUCCGCCACCACUUGGCCACACUGUCUGCAGAGGUGCAGCAGCUCAAGAGACUGCUCUUCACACAGGCUGCUUCUGCCUGA